UUUUGACAUUUCAAACAGCACCUUUUUCUUCUGAGAGAGGUUAAAUGCUUUAACGUGUCUUGUUGAAUCCCACAAGAAUACUGCAAUUUUACGUAUCCUGAAAUUUGACCAACAAGAUGUCAAUCAAACUUACAUCCAAUUUGAAACGUCCGCCAAUCGGUGGUCUUAUCGUUGCCGAAUUGAUUAAAGAUACCGUUCCCACUGAAAAUACAUGGAGCACCGAAACAUCGAUCGUUUUUCGCAACAACACAAAACUGGUAUGCAAUACCACCAACGAUAUUCUUCGGGCAUUGGCCCGUGAAGCACUGAAAUAUGAAUUGUAUGGCAAGUCACCGGCUGAACGAACUCAAGUCGAUCACUGGUUGACAUUCUCAUUAACGUUUCAAUCGAAUGUUCAAUCGAAACUGGACUACCUGCAGAAAUGUCUAGCUCCAUUGACCUAUUUGGUUGCCAAUAAGCUCACCAUAGCCGACUUGUCGGUGUUCAACGAAAUAUUUCUAGUCCUUCAAGAAGCUAAAACUAGUCUACCGAAUCAUGUGCAGCGAUGGUACGAUUUGAUUCGUUCGCAGCCAUUCGUUGAGAGUGUGAUCAAAAAUCUGCCAGCCGAUGCGAGACAAGUGACAAAACCACCGGCCAAAGUUGAAAAAUCCGGCGAACGGAAGCAAGAGGGGAAAUUUGUUGAUUUGCCCGGAGCGGAAAUGGGAAAAGUCAUUGUACGCUUUCCGCCUGAAGCAUCUGGCUAUCUGCAUAUCGGUCACGCCAAAGCGGCAUUACUGAACCAGUACUAUCAGCAAGCGUUUAAUGGCAAAUUGAUUAUGCGAUUCGAUGACACCAAUCCGGCAAAGGAGAACGUUGAAUUCGAGAAGGUUAUUCUGGAGGAUUUGGAAAUGCUCGAAAUCAAACCAGACUUGUUUACGCACACGUCACAAUAUUUCGACUUGAUGUUGGAGUACUGCGAGAAACUGAUGAAAGAUGGUAAAGCCUACGCGGAUGACACCGAGCCGGAACUCAUGAAAAAGGAACGUGAACAACGAACCGAAUCGGUCAACAGAAGCAACAGUGUCGAGAAAAACUUCCAAAUGUGGGGUGAGAUGCUGAAGGGUACGGCAACUGGUCAGAAGUGCUGUAUUCGUGCCAAAAUCGACAUGUCAUCACCGAAUGGCUGUCUCAGAGAUCCAACAAUUUAUCGUUGCAAAAAUGAACCUCAUCCGAGGACGGGAACGCAAUACAAAGUGUAUCCAACGUACGAUUUUGCUUGUCCGAUUGUUGAUGCUAUCGAAAACGUGACUCAUACCCUGCGUACCAUGGAGUAUCAUGACAGAGACGACCAAUUCUAUUGGUUCAUCGAAGCAUUACAGCUACGCCGUCCAUACAUUUGGGAGUACAGUCGUCUGAAUAUGACCAACACCGUUCUGUCGAAACGAAAACUCACCUGGUUCGUAGAAGAAGGCUUGGUGGACGGUUGGGAUGAUCCUCGGUUUCCAACGGUUCGCGGUAUAUUGCGUCGUGGUAUGACCGUUCAAGGUCUGAAGGAAUUUAUCAUCGCUCAGGGAUCGAGUAAAUCGGUGGUGUUCAUGGAAUGGGACAAGAUCUGGGCAUUCAACAAGAAAGUGAUUGACCCUGUUGUUCCGAGAUACACAGCGGUCGAUAAAAACAACGUUGUUGUCAAUGUCGCCGGUGCGGUUCAAGAAAAAUCUGAUGUGCCAGCUCAUCCGAAGAAUGUCGAUGUUGGAAUGAAAACGGUUUGGUUCGGUCCACGCAUAUUGAUUGAUUACGUCGAUGCUGAAUCGUUGAAAGAAGGCGAAUUGGCCACCUUUAUCAAUUGGGGCAAUUUGCUGAUCAACAAGAUUAACAGGAAAGAUGGAAAAAUUGUGUCAAUCGACGCCAGCCUUAAGUUGGACAAUAAAGAUUUCAAGAAAACGGUCAAACUAACUUGGUUGUGCGAAACUACUGAUGAAUUUACACCAACUUACUGCGUGUUCUUCGAACAUAUCAUCAGUAAAGCAGUUUUGGGCAGGGACGAAGACUUCAAAAACUAUAUCGGCCAUCAGACCAGGACCGAAGUUGAAAUGAUUGGCGAUCCUGAACUGAGGAAAUGCAAGAAGGGCGAUAUCAUUCAACUCCAACGACGUGGAUAUUUCAAAGUCGAUCGAGCUUAUGCUCCACCCAGCAUUUACACCGGAGUCACAUCUCCGAUUAUUUUACUGGAAGUUCCUGAUGGCAAAGAGAAGCCAUCGACUCAAGCACCUGCAGCGAAUAAAGAGACUGCACCGGCAAAACAAACAGCGAAACCAGCAGCUAAUAAUACAAGCGACAUUAACGAGAAAAUCAAACAACAAGGAGACAUCGUACGAGAUUUAAAAACAAAGAAAGCAGUCAAAGCAGAUAUUGAUUCGGCUGUUAAGGUGCUUCUAGCUCUGAAAGCCGAAUACAAAAAUUUAAGCGGUAAAGAUUGGAAACCGGACAGUGAACCAGCAACAUCAGCAGCAGCACAACCAGCUACAACUGUCAACGUUGGUACUGGUGACGCAAACGCAAUCAAUGCCAAGAUUGUUGCUCAAGGCGAAAAAAUACGCGAUCUAAAGGCCAAAAAAGCUGACAAAGCAACGAUCGAUCCCGAAGUAAAAGCUUUGCUGUCUCUGAAAGCUGACUACAAGACCGCAACGGGACAAGAUUGGAAGCCUGGCUGUGUGGUGCCGACUGCUGCUGAACCUGUAGCCCCAGCAAGUAGUAACAAUUCUUCCGAAUUGAACGAAAAGAUCAAAAAACAAGGUGACUUAGUCAGAGAUCUAAAGGCGAAGAAAGCACCUAAGCCGGAAAUCGACACUGCCGUCAAGACACUGCUCAGUUUAAAAGCCGAUUAUAAAACACUUACCGGUGCUGACUGGAAGCCUGAAUCAACAACUCAAACUGCUCCACCACCAGCAGCGCAAACAUCACAGAGUAAUUCAAUACACGACCGAAUUGUUGCUCAGGGUGAUAAAGUCCGAGAUUUGAAAUCGAAAAAAGCCGCCAAAGCUGCCAUCGACGCUGAAGUUAAAGCUUUACUGGCUUUGAAAGCGGAAUUUAAGGCUUCCACUGGAAAGGAUUGGACUCCUACUGUAGCAUCAACUGUUGAAGCUCCACCUCCAGUUACUCAAACAUCACAGAGUACUUCAAUACACGACCAAAUUGUUGCUCAAGGUGAUAAAGUCCGAGAUUUGAAAUCAAAGAAAGCCGCCAAGGCUGCCGUCGACGCUGAAGUUAAAGCUUUACUGGCUUUGAAAGCAGAAUUUAAGGCCUCCACUGGAAAAGAUUGGACUCCUAGUGCAGCACCAACGGUUGCAGCUCCAAAAGCAAUGGAAUCUGCCCCUUCACCACCUUCGGGUGAAAAGGAAGUUUUGACUGAAAAAAUUACAGCUCAAGGAGACCUCGUUAGAACUUUGAAAUCGUCCGGAGCAGCAAAAGACAAAGUUGAUGAAGCCGUAAAAUUGUUGCUUGAAUUGAAAGGUCAAUACAAGACACUGACGGGUACAGAUUUCCCAGUCGCUGGUCGCGGAAAUACAAAAUCGAACGCGGACAAUAAACCAAAAGCGGCAGCACCGAAAGAGAAGAAAGAGGCUCCAAAACCUAAGGCCGCUCCGAAGGCAGCUGGUGAUGCUAAGGAUGAUGGAACAGGAUUGAAAAAGCAAACACGAUUAGGACUCGAAGCUAAAAAGGAUGAAAAUCUGCCAGAUUGGUACAGUCAAAUUCUAACCAAAGGCGAAAUGAUCGAAUACUACGACAUAUCUGGUUGUUACAUUCUUCGUCCUUGGUCGAUGGCAAUAUGGAGCGUCAUUAAAAAUUGGUUCACGGAGGAAAUAACAAAAAUUGGCGUCAAAGAAGUCUACUUCCCAAUGUUUGUAUCGAAGUCGGCUUUAGAGAAGGAAAAAUCUCACAUCGCUGACUUUUCGCCAGAAGUUGCAUGGGUCACAAAAUCAGGUGAUUCUGAUUUGGCCGAGCCAAUUGCUAUACGUCCAACAUCGGAGACAAUUAUGUAUCCCGCAUACGCAAAAUGGAUUCAGUCAUACAGAGAUCUGCCAUUAAAACUGAAUCAAUGGUCGAAUGUUGUACGCUGGGAAUUCAAGCAUCCACAGCCGUUUUUACGUACUAGAGAGUUUUUGUGGCAGGAAGGACACACUGCAUUCGCUAGCAAAAAGGAUGCGGAAGAAGAGGUGCUUGUAAUAUUAGAUUUGUACGCACGAAUUUACGAAGAAUUGUUGGCGAUCCCAGUGCGCAAAGGACGUAAAACCGAAAAGGAGAAAUUUGCCGGAGGUGAUUACACCACAACUGUCGAAGCCUUUAUAUCGGCUAGCGGUAGAUCAAUUCAGGGUGCUACCAGUCAUCACUUGGGAAAGAACUUCUCGAAAAUGUUUGAUAUCGUGUACGAAGACCCGACAACGCAGGAAAAGGAGUUUGUUUACCAGAAUUCAUGGGGUCUCACCACUCGAACAAUUGGUGUUAUGAUCAUGGUACAUGGUGAUGACAAGGGCUUAGUAUUACCGCCAAAAGUUGCCAGUGUUCAAGCCAUCAUUGUUCCCUGCGGAAUCACUGUUAAUUCAACUGAUGCUGAUCGUGCAGCACUUCAGAAAAGUUGUAACGAACUGGAGGUGACACUGAAAUUGGCUGGUGUUCGUGUCGAAGGCGACUAUCGCGAUAAUUAUUCACCCGGAUGGAAGUUCAAUCAUUGGGAAUUGAAAGGUGUCCCGAUUCGCAUCGAACUCGGACCGAAAGACAUGAAAUCGAAUCAAGUGGUCCUGGUUCGUCGUGAUACCAAUGAAAAGAGUACGGUUCAGCGGGCUGAUAUUUCCAAGAGUGUGGCGCAGGUGUUGGAUGAAAUUCAGGUGAAUCUGUUCCGAAAGGCAAAGGAAGAUUUUGAUAGCCAUUCGGUAGUGACGAAGGAUUGGAAGGAUUUCUGCCUGAAUUUAGACAAGAAGAACGUUCUGUUGGCUCCAUUUUGCGGUGAAAUCGAUUGCGAGACCACAAUCAAGGAUCAAAGUGCGGUCGCUGAAGGUGAAGCCGAAAUCGGACAGUUAACCAUGGGCGCCAAAUCGCUAUGCAUACCAUUCGAUCAGCCAGCUGCAAUAUUGCCAACCGAUAAGUGUAUCAAUCCGGCGUGUACGAAAAAGCCGUUGAAUUACUGUCUCUUUGGCCGAAGCUACUAAGACGAAGGUUUCGGUAGUCGAAGCUUUGCGGUUUUGUUUCAUCCUCUGGACGCGAUUGAGAUUAAAAUUUGAAAAUUUCAUUUCGGUUGUUAAAUGCAACAAUUUUAAAAUGUGUGAGAUUUAAAUGGACUAUAAACGUUUCUAAUUCGCAAAAAUCUGCA